GACAACAAGACAGCAGAGAUCUGGGUCAUGCAGCCUGUGGACCGUGAGAAACAUGAUCAAUUCAAGCUGAUAUUUCAGGCAUAUAAAAAAGAAAAGGGUGAUAUAAAUGUAGAAAUGGGAAUUAAUGUUGAUAUUAUUGAUACGAAUGACAACGAACCAAAAUUUAACAAUGACAUGUAUGAGGUCACCAUAGAAGAGGCACCAUCACAGGGCACUGAGUUGAUCAAUGUUACAGCAACAGAUCGUGACAGUACCGAGAAGAACAGGAAAUUUAGCUUCAGCAUAGAGUCAGUGAGUCCAACUCCACAGAACUUUGAAUUCGUCAUAAAUGAGGAGCCUGAUUCUGGAAACGGGACCAUUUCAUUCAAAGGAUGUCUGGACCACGAGAAGGCGCAGAAAUACACCCUUAUUGUGAAAGCCACAGACCAUGGACAACCGAAGCCACUCUCCAGUUCUACAACAGUGAUAAUCAAUAUAGAGGAUGGAAACAGACAUCGUCCAGUGUUCACAAAGCAAAAAGGCGAAGCAAGUGUGAAAGAAGGACUGCAAGGUGUUCUCAUUUCACGUCUGCAAGUUACAGAUGAAGACACCAGAGGCACAAAGGCUUGGAAAGCAAAAUAUAAAAUCCAAGGGGAUACAAACAACAACUUCAGAAUUGAUACUGAUCCUGAGACAAACGAAGGUCUGCUCUAUGUGCAAAAGAUGCUCGACUAUGAGGAAGAUCCUUUGAAGAACAUUAUCAUCUCUUCAGAGAAUGAGAUUCCCUACUUUACUUGCAAAGUCAUAAACCGCAAUACUGCUGGUCUUUGGGAAAUUAAGACUGUCAAUAAUAGCACUUUCAGUGAGGCACAAGGUGUGACUGGAACAAAAGAAAUGCAUUUGUUCACCUAUCACCUGACAGUGAACGUAGAAGAUGUCAAUGAGCCCCCUGUCUUUGAUCCAUCAAACAAAACGAUAACCGCAUAUGAGGAUGUUGCGUUGGGUUACUAUUUGGAGGCACUAAUUGCUAAAGACCCUGAUAAUGGUGCAAAUCAAAUCCGAUACAUGAUUGGAGAAGAUCCAGCUGGUUUUGUUACAGUGGACUCCAACUCAGGAAAAAUAACCACAUCAAAGUGUUUAGACCGAGAGUCACAGUUUGUUAAAGAUGGACUGUAUGUCAUCAAAAUAUAUGCCACUGACAAUGGUGAAACGUCACAGACUGGCACAGCAACACUCAGCAUCAAGAUCAUCGAUGUAAACGACAAUGCUCCAUCCUUGGACAAAAGCAUCAUCGACAUGUGCCAAACAGAUAAAAUCUCAUCGGUCAGUGUCACAGCUUUAGAUCCAGAUGCAGAACCAUACAGUGGGCCUUUCUCGUUCAAGCUUCUUGGAGAUGUUAAGGACAAGUGGAGGAUUGAACCUGAAAAGGGCCAUUCCUUCAAGCUUGUGAAUGAACACAAUGCUAAGAUUAUGAUUUUGGGACAGCAUGAAUUGCAGCUAAAAGUGUCAGAUCUUCAAGGAAAAACAGCUGUCCAUAGCUUGUCAGUUAGUGUGUGCAAAUGCUCCAAAACACCUAAGCCAGACUGCAGACUCCAGAAAGAUACUGGAUCCAGACUCGGACCAGGAGCUCUGGGAAUUUUAUUUUUAAGCAUUAUACUGCUCAUAGGCUUUCUGCUUUUAACUUUUCUGAUGUCAUGUAAGCCUGAGAGGAUAACAUUACCAGAUCACUCUUCAGGGUAUCUAAUGACUACUAACACAGAGGGACCUGGAUCUGAUUGCAAAUUGCCUUUAGAAAAACGGAGCCACAUUGGUCGUGGACAACAGAUGCAGACAUCUCAAGGGAAGCCAUUGAUAGUGAUGCCGGUAUUAGUUGAUGACAACUCACAAAUGAGUCAGAACACGACAAGCUGCCAGCAAGAAACAAUCCUUGAGAUAAAUUCUGCUCUGACGACUGUGGAUGAGCAAUGGAUGAUUUCCCAUGGCAUGAAGAAGAGACAUCAGCAACAAGAAAUAAAGAAAGCAAACCAAACGGUAAAACCGGGAGAAAUUAUAAACAGUCCAGAGUCCUUGUCAAUUUCAGCCCAAUUUUAGAGUCUGAUGGAAGGCAGAAGAAU